AUGACAGUGACCUACUCGCAUAGGGUGGCAGAUGCCGGCCUAGGCAGCUUUUUUCACCUGUUGUUGCGCUGGAGGGGAAGCAUCUACAAGCUGUUGUACAGAGAGCUGCUCAUCUUCACUGUGCUCUACUGCAUGCUCAGCGUCACUUACAGGUUCCUGCUGAGUGAAGCACAGAAACGGCUGUUUGAGAAGAUGGCCAUUUACUGUGACCGAUAUGCCGAGCUAAUCCCUGUGUCCUUUGUACUGGGUUUCUACGUGACACUUGUGGUGUCGCGCUGGUGGGGGCAGUUUGAGAGUGUGCCAUGGCCAGACCGGCUGGGGGCACUGGUAGGAGGGCACGUGCGUGGAGGGGACGAGACAGCACGGUUGAUUCGCCGCACGCUCAUGCGUUACGCCAACCUCUCUGGCGUGCUCAUCUACCGCUCCAUCAGCACCGCCGUCUACAAGAGGUUUCCCACCAUGGAGCACUUGGUGCAGGCAGGCCUGAUGACAGCAGAGGAGCGGAGGCAGCUGGAUGCCCUACCCUCCCCCCAUAGUAAAUUCUGGGUGCCCUGCACUUGGUUCGUCAACCUAACCAUGAAGGCCCGCACCGAGGGACGCAUUAACAACGAUGUGGCCCUGACUGCCAUCCUCAAUGAGCUGAACUCCUUGCGAAGCCGGUGUAUGAAGCUGUACAGUUAUGACUGGAUUAGUCUGCCACUUGUGUACACUCAGGUGGUGACAGUGGCUGUCUAUAGCUUCUUCCUAGCCUGUUUGAUUGGUCGGCAGUUUCUGGAUACUACCCAGGGUUACCCUGGACAUGACUUUGACUUCUACCUGCCCAUCUUCACCUUACUCCAGUUCUUCUUCUAUGUUGGCUGGCUUAAGGUGGCUGAACAGCUAAUAAACCCCUUUGGAGAGGAUGAUGAUGACUUUGAGACCAACUGGUUGGUCGAUCGCAAUCUACAGGUGUCCUUGCUUUCAGUAGAUGAGAUGUACGACAGUGUGCCACUCAUGGAGAGGGAUAAAUACUGGAAUGAGUCAGAGCCGCAGCCCCCCUACACCACUGCCAGUGCAGAGCACCGGAAGCCAUCCUUUAUGGGCUCUGCACUGGAUAUCAGUGUACCCAAGGAAGAGAUGGAGUUCCAGUCCAAUCUUGAGCAGAUCAAGGAGCAUGAGGAGGCUAACCACUCCACCCCGCUGCUGGGUGGCCUGAGCAGGUUUCUGGGAGUCCAAUCUCCCAGCUUCCCCCGAUCCUCUGCCUCCUCCAGGGUGUCCCUCCUUCGCCGCCGACCAGGUGCUCCCCUGGGACGUUCUCCCCUCUACCUGCACCCUGAUGAUGGGCCCCCCACCCCCAGUCAGAACCGCCACCCACAGCCCCCUGAGCGGGACCUGGAUUUUGCCUUCUCCAUGCCGAUGCAUGAACGGCCAGGCUUCUACAGCUGCCCUCAGACACCCAUCCACUGCAUGCCCACCGCCCCACCACGGCCCAGACCCCCUCGCCGGCCUCAAGGUGACUGGGACUCUGGCUCACUGGCACCCCCGGUGUUGGGCGCCCAGUUGCUACCCCCUGACACCCCUGGGCGCAUACCUGCACCCCCCUCCUCUGCCUUCCCCUGGCUGAGCGAGGAGGGGGAGCCCCCCUCUGGCCCUGCUUUCUCUUUCCCAGACACCACCCCGGAGCCCUGCCCCCUCCCCAAGCUCCGGCCCACCCAAGGCCUGCUGUCUCGCCGGCCGCCACCCCCAUGCCUCUCCCUGGACAUCCCAUCAUCUGCCGACUACCAGCCUGGUCCCCCCAGUGCCCUGGGAGUAGGGGGCGGGGGAGACAAGGUCUUCUCCUUCACCCCCCCAUCCCGGACUCCCGUCCCCAACUCCAGCUCCAACAGCAUCAAUGCAGCAAAUAGCAACAGCACAGCUACUAACCUCUGUAAUGGCGGUAAUCAUGGCAACUUCUGCAAUCAUGGUAACUUCAGCACCACCAACCGUGCCAGCAUCAGUGGUCCUAAUAGCACCCUCAGCACCAAUGCCACCUCAGUCCCCUCCGCCUCCACCCAACCAGCAACAAAUCAGCAGCACUCACCCAAUGAUUCAGGAAUUUCAUUAGCUGAGGGGGACCUGUUGGGAUCACUGAUGGUGGAAGGAGGCAGAGUCAAGGCUCCAGCAGGGAGAGAGCAGGACUGA